CCCACAGUUUCUGUUAAAGUUAGUUGCAACUCUUUUUAUUUCUGCAACUCUUACGCCCUUCUAUAAUUCACUAGCAGAAGGAAGCAACCCUAAUCUUCAACAUCUCUUGCCAUCAAGUUCUUCAUGGGAAAAAAUAUAACCCUUCACAGCAGAACUUGCGUCUCCGAAGCCCUGGAAACCCAAGUCCCGGGCGUCGUCUUCACGAAACCCUCCGGUGAUCCUUGCCCCUUGAAGAAGCACCGAUUCUCUGAAGAUCCCAAGCCCAACCUCUUUGACUCCCUCUCCGAAGAGCUCCUCUUCCUGAUCCUCGACCAUCUUGAUUCCAAUGACUUGGACAAGAAAUCCUUCUCACUCGUCUGCAAAUCCUUCUACGGUGCUGAAUCACGUCACCGGAGAACCCUCCGCCCUCUUCGCUUGGAUCUAAUGCCGGCCGUCCUCUCUCGCUACCUUUCCAUUUCCCACAUCGAUCUCUCCUGCCGCCAUCGCGUCUCAGACGGCGUCCUCGCCUGGAUCGCCAUUGCAGUUGGACCCUCACUUCUCUCCAUCGACCUGUCGAGGUCGAGGUCAUUCUCGCAUUUCGGACUUGGUAGCUUGGCGGCUGGCUGCUUGUCGCUGGUGGAAAUAAAUCUGUCGAACACGAAUGAUCUGAGCGACGCGUCGGCUGCGGCCAUUGGGCGGUUGAGGAAUCUUGAGAAGCUGUGGUUAGCGAACUGUAAACUUUUGACCGACAUGGGGAUUGGUUGCAUCGCUGUGGGGUGCCGCAAGCUGAAGUUGCUCUCUUUGAAAUUUUGCCUGGGGUUGACUGAUUUGGGAAUCGGGCUGGUGGCUGUGAAGUGCAGGGAGAUCCGAAAUUUAGAUCUCUCGCACACGACGGUCACAAAUAAAUGCCUUCCAGCAAUCAUUCAGCUACCUUAUCUUGAGAAGUUGUCCUUAGUGAAUUGCCAUUACCUUAACAAGGAAGGCCUUUUAACUUUGAAACUGGGAUCCAAGUCCCUCGAGGUACUGGAUUUAAAUUGUCCAUAUGUUGGUGAUAAUGCAUUAUAUAGCAUAGUGAUGGGUGCUGUCAACUUGCGUCAACUAAUACUGGCGCACUGCGUCCCUGUUACCGACCGUUUGGCUAACAGCUUGCAUAGACUUGCCAAGCUGGAGACAAUAAAGUUGGAAUGUUGCCAUAUGACCACUCCGGGGCUUCUCGCCCUUGGAAGUUCUUGCAAUUCUUUGAAAGAGUUGAGCUUAGUCAAAUGCUUUGGGGUGACUGAUGAAGGUCUUUCCUUUGUUGUGUCAAAGAACAAAGGUUUAACUAAAUUAGACAUCACUUGCUGUCGGACUAUAACGGACAUCUCAAUUGCUAGCAUCACUAGCUCAUGCACAUCUCUAAUGUCACUGAGGAUGGAGUCAUGUAUUCUGGUGUCUAAGCAUGCAUUUCGUAUGAUUGGAGAACACUGCCCUCUGCUGGAGGAGCUUGACCUUACUGACAAUCAUUUAGAUAAUCAAGGACUCAAGUCAAUCUCGAAUUGUCGCAAACUCUUGAUCUUGAAGAUUGGGUUAUGUAUGAAUGUUAAUGAUGAAGGCAUUAUUCAAAUUGGCAGGGGUUGCCCAAUGCUUCAGGAGCUCGAUUUGUACAGGUCUAUUGGAUUAACCGACGCUGGUGUUAUCGCAAUAGGCCAAGGUUGCCCAAUGUUGCAAACGAUUAACCUAUCAUAUUGCAUUGAAAUUACUGAUAAUGCUUUAAGAUCAUUAUCCAAAUGCCCCAAGUUGAACACACUGGAGCUUCGAGGAUGCUUUCGAGUUUCAAAUUAUGGCCUUGUUGCCAUUGCACUGGGAUGCAAAGAAAUUGUUAAGCUUGAUAUCAAAAAAUGUUAUGACAUCACUGAUGUUGGCAUGGUUCCUCUUGCUCACCUUUGCAGUCGUCUUCGUCAAAUAAAUCUCUCGUAUACUUCCGUAUCAGAUAUUGGGCUUUUAGCAUUGGCAAGCAUCAGUUGCUUACGAAGCAUGACAAUUUUACAUCUUAGCGAGUUGACGCCAAAUGGGUUGGCGACUGCACUUCUGACAUUCGGUGGUUCAAAGAAAGUGAAACUCAACUUGUCAUUUAAAUCUUUGCUUUCCCAGAAAUUAAUCACACACUUGGAAGAACGUGGAUGCAUAUUUCAAUGGAUGGACAGAGCCUUUAAGGCUGAAGUGGAUGACAAUGAAGUGUGGAAACAAAGGUCUCAAGACUUGGUGACCGUUGUGUGAAGGAAUUUGCCUCAUGAUAAGAACAAAGGUCUUUAUUCAAUAGGGUUUAGGGCGGGCAAAAUUCCAGUACAGCUUAUUUUGCAUCCUUUUGCUGACCUGUUUACUGAACUUUCUUAACUUGUAGUCUUGUUUGUCUGAGAUUUGGUUGAGCCUAUUAAU